GAGCGUCGUCUUUCUUACAGGUCCUCACACCUCAUAAUCUGCAAGGUAGAGAAACAUCUCAGAUCACUGAAACAGUCAAGGUCAGAACGAGUGAAUCAGGACCGUGGGCAAAUCAUGGAAUGUUUUUAGUGUCUGUGAACCCUGAAUGGCUGGAAGAAUGUUGCUUGUACAAAGUGGGCAUGUAAUGGACUUGUAAGAGCCUGAAGCAGUACAGGAAACAUAACGACAGUGCUGGAGCACUGAAUACUGCCAUAUGACCCAGAUGACCAGGACCUGAAGGCCAUGUUCCAUGUCACUUCCCAUGAGCAGCAGAGUGUAGAGAAAUCAAACGGCAGAAAAUGACUGCAUGAAAUGAAGGGGUGGGUCGUGUAUGCAUUGAUCAUAAUAUAAAGAAGGCCGGCAGCAUGAACUCGAGAACGGUUCAAAAGCCGCAUUACUCCAACGUAAAAUUGGAUGAUGGCUACUGCUUCACAAAGAGACGAUAUGUGAACAAAGAUGGCAGCUGCAACAUAGUGUUUCGCCAUGUGCCUGAGGAAUGUCUUUUAUAUGUGACAGACAUCUUUACCACACUGGUGGAGAUCCGCUGGAGGGCCAUGUUCUUGACCUUUGCCCUCUCAUAUAUCCUGUCCUGGCUCUUCUUUGGGAUCCUGUUCUGGAUUAUCGCACUGAUCCAUGGUGACACAAAGGACCCAAACAACGAGCCAUGCAUCUAUGAGGUAAGAAGCUUUACAGCAGCCUUCCUCUUCUCUCUUGAGACACAGACUACCAUCGGAUAUGGCUCACGCGGCAUGUCUGAGAACUGCAUGCUGGCCAUCAUUACUGUGACCAUACAGGACGUCAUCAGCGUCUUCAUAGACACCUUUGUAAUCGGGAUCGUUGUUGCCAAAAUGGCAUCGGCCCGGAAAAGAGCACAGACAGUCGGAUUCAGUAAUACUGCCGUGAUAAACCUUCGUAAUGGGCAUCUGUGCCUGUCAUGGCGAGUGGGUGACUUCCGUAGAAACCACCUGGUAGAAGGAACCACGCAUGCCCAGCUGGUCAGGCACACAGUGCAUACAAGUAGCCAAUCUGACAUAACCUAUCAUGACCUUGAAAUCCAAAACAGUCAUGUCAUUCUGGCCACUCCAGUGACUAUCAUCCACAGAAUCAAUGCCAGCAGUCCUCUACAUAAAAUGACCAUGCAAGAUCUACAAAAAGAAAGCUUUGACUUGGUGGUGACUUUUACAUACACAGAUGACUGCAGUGGGAUUCUCCACCAGUCACGCACCUCCUACACUCCAAGUGAAAUUCUGUGGGGUCAGCAGUUUAAAGAGAUGGUGAGGGUUACCGAGAAGUCCUACCGAGUGGACUAUUCUCUCUUUCACCUAGCAGUUAAAGUCCCAGUGACAGAAAGCAGUGAUGAAAACUAUGAACUAAAGCAUCCUUCAAGCUGUAAACAAGACCAACAAAUGGGUUGUUCUCUGGCAGUGGAGAGUGAAGAAAUCUUAGGUCAAAACAAUACUAGCAUUACUAUUCAAGAAAAACUAUAACAAACCAUGGUAUCUAUAGAACCUUGCAGUACUUAGGGUACACUUAAGGGACAGUAAAGCUAUGUAUGAAAUAUACAAUAAAACAAUUCAAAAACCUUGUAGCUAAUGUCCGCCAUAUACACAUGUGGAAUGUUAGAUUCAGGCGUAAGUCAUUCAGGAUUUUUCUUAAAAUAGAAUUUUAUAGAUAGAACCUGCAGACCAUAUAUGUGAAGUAAAUCUAAUGAUUUGUGUUAUUUAUUUUUUAGGCAAUCUAAAGUGCUGUAGGGCGAUAUAUUGAUCAUGCUUUAUCUAUUAAAAAUGUACAAACAUGCUUGACCAUGAGCCUUAGUCUCACUAGCGUUGAUACAGUAUAUUAUGACAAAUCACCUAAUACUCUGUGAGAAUAACUGGAUUUGCAAUGCCUUAGUGCUAUAUGUCGGUCAUUUCAGUUCCAUUUGCUAAAUUAUAUUAUCAAUAUGGUAAAUAAUGCAGCAAGGCUAACAUUAAGUGAACUGCACAAUAUCAUCUUACCACAGCAGGGAAAUUUAAAUUAAGUCUAGCAGAAUUAUGUUUUUGCUUUGUUAUGCUAUUCGGAUUGCAGUAAAAUAACAUUUAUAAUUAAAAUAUUGAAAUUUCAGAAUAUAUAUUUUUUUAUGUUUUCAACUGGAAACUAUAAUUCAUGCUUUUUGUCUACACCACACACACCUGUUGAUAUUGCUUAAUGAGUAUUAUUACUUUAUUUGUAUGAAAUUGUGUUCUUUUGUAUAAUGCCUACAAUCAAAAGCUUUAUAAUAAUAUUAAAGAUUAUAAAUAAUGCAAAUUUUAUAUUUACUAAUUUAAGAAGUGAAAUCUGUGUGCAGUGAAAAUGUACAUGACCCUAUAAGUUCUUCAUAAUGUCUCUCCUUAUGCCCAUUUUAUACUAGACCAGGUACAUCUUCAGUACCACUGUUGUCAUAUGUACAUUUCUAUUCAAGAUAAGAACUUUAAUCGACGGUAGAUGGGAAAUGUAUGUAAGGAAUAUUUAAAAAACUAACACACAACAGGACGUGCUGUUAUAGAAAUAUAAUACAGGAUGAGAUGCUGUAAUAUACCAUAAUAACCAAUUUGCUUACAAUUGCAAUAUUUAUUUUAUAAUGUUAUAUGAAUGCCCACACAAGACUCGUGGUAAUUUUUCAUAAAUUAUGAAAAAGCAGCUCACCUUCCUCUCUGUAUUCCCUGUUUUAAAGUUAAUAAGAAGCAAGUUAAUAAAAAUACAGCUUGUCACGUUGUGGAAAAACUGGAAAUCUCAAACACAACCUGUCCGGAAGACUUUCCCGUGGCAGUAAAUAUACUAUUUGGAGACUCCUUCCAUAAAUGUUAAAUAAACUUCAAACUUAACUCCUUACAGAAAAAAAGCAACAAGGACAUUUUCUGAUCAAUUUAUUAAAUUGUGUGGAUCUUCUGCCAAGUCACUGUGAAUGAAUUGUUGCCAUACAUGUAAUAUUGUACGGUAUUAAAACAAGUGCUUUAAGACAAACCUCUACGUGCAAUUAAAACCAUGGCUACUGACAAAGCUGCUAUUAUAGAAAUUUAACAAUUUCUGACCAAAAUGACUCACGAAUUCAACAUCACUGUGGUAUAAAGGGAAUUAAUGAAGGGAUGUUUCAUGUGUAUUCUUUCUCCUAAACUCCAAAUAUAUAUAAAUUGUCAUCCCUUUUAUAUUUUAUUCACUUAAAUAUUAUAUAGUUUGAAUAAAAUUAUGAUCAUUGCAUGUCACAUAAGGCUUAUUUCUAUAAAAUGAUCCAGUGAUAUCUGUACAGAUAUCGGUGCAGAUAUUUCAUUUGAAUCAGUAAUAUGUCAUUUAUUUGUAUUUACCUCCUUUCCAGUCUAUUUUGAUUCACUAUUCAUAUCCACUCCUUUCUCUGUUGUUUGUCCAGCACUUCUCCUCUGACUUGUACCCCGUGACAUGUAAAUGAAUUAAGUGCAAAUAUCUUUACAAAAUAUUUGCAUGAAUAAUUAUCAGUUAAUCACAAAUAAAUGUGAUUCUGAAUUGAUAUGAUCCUGAUUACAAAUGUUACAGUAUAUUAUUUACAAAUAAAUAUAAAUACAA